AUGCCUGGGGCAGAUACGAGCUUAGGAUACAACUGCUGGAGCCACCCUGAUAACAUCAUGGGUCCCGAGACUUCUAAGAAGAUCGACAGGGCUAUGCAGUGUGUUUUAUUGCCUUCUUUUUUCUUUAUCGGUGCACCCACUAACAUCGUCACCAUGGUCAUCUUCUAUCGUCAGGGACUGCGAGAUCGGAUGAACCUCUGUCUCUUCUGUCUCGCCUUUGUUGACCUUUUGUAUGUCACAGCUCAGUUUAUAAUGAUUUCAUACUGCUUCUUAGGAACAUUUAUGCCAAGCCAGGUAAGUUUUUUUAGGUGGACGUUGCUAGCAAGGUGUCUAAAUUUUAUUUAUGGGUCUGCGUACGUGUCCGGGUGUGUGACGAUGAUCAUCGCCGUCGAGCGGUGCGUGUGUGUCAUGUUCCCCAUGAAGGCCGCCACACUCAUCAGCACCAAGACCAUGGCCAUCAUCCUCGCUCUCACCUUCUUCCUUUUACAAGGGAUGUGCAGUGUAUUUGCUUUCAAAGAGACAAUAUUAGUCUCCAGGGAUCCAGUUACUAACGGAACUAUUGUUUCUGCGACAAUUUCCGAACUGUAUCUUAGUCACGACAUCUUCAGAAUCAUCGAAGACAUCGUGCUGUCUGUCGUUUCGUUUCUCAAUUUUGUAGUUGUCGUUUUAGCGACAAUAAUUACAGUAGCUAAAUUACAGAGUUCUGUGUCGUGGAGAAAAUCAACAACCAGAGGCAGAUCAUACCUGAAAGGUCAGAAGGUGCUGAUGAGGAUGCUGGUGGUGGUAUCUUGUGUCUACAUCCUGUGCACAUCUCCUAAUGUGGCCAUGGGCUUGACACGAUUCACUGUCGUGGAAUAUCGCUCGGAUGGCAAGCAGUGCAACCUCUUUCUCGCCACCAACAUGAUAGGAUUUGUUAUCACCAUGUUCAACUCGUCAACCAACUUCUUCGUCUAUAUUACUAUGUCGUCCAGAUUCCGUAACGAACUAAAACUAUUACUAGAAUCCGAUAAUAGAAAAUUACAACACUUAAAAAUCAAGCCCAUUAUCAAUUAA